CACGUAACCGACUGAAUGUGAACGUUCAGCCAGACAUCCCCAUAGAGACGAGCGUUCUAUCCCGUAAAGAAAUCGGUGGUAUCCUUCUUAGAAGGAUAAUAUACAUGUAUGCCAAUCAAUGGACUAAGAAAAUACGGAAAUCUGCUGAAAAAAAUACUACGCGGAAAAGAGCCUCAUUAAUAUAUUAUUUUGAAUGUUUUUUCUUGUGGGAUUUUCUCUGGUUCACUCUCCCUUUGCGGUUGUCAUGUAGCGAUAGGCCGCAGUGGAUCGGAUUGUGUUGCUGGGGAGGAGACCUUACAGCCAGCUAUUAACGUUAGAUUUCGCUGCUGAUAUUUCACGGUGAAAUCGAGACUGUUUAAUUUAUUUUUCUUUGGAGGUUUGCGAUAUUUUUCAAAGCUGGAUUGUGGAUCCCUUGCGGUUUUGAAGGAUGGACGUGGACGUGUGUGCUGGCGGGGACAGCACCCGAAGGAGGAUGGAUUCCGGAGGCGAAGGGGCACUGGAGGUUGUACCUUUGGAGCUCUAUGACUCAGCCAGGGCAAAAAUUGAUGCAAAUCUUCGGUGGCUGUUUGCCAAAGCAUACGGUAUAGACCACAUCCCAGAGGACCUGCGGGACCCCUUCUACACGGACCAGUACGAGCAGGAGCACAUCAAGCCCCCGGUGAUCCGGCUGCUGCUGUCCGGCGAGCUGUACUGCCGCGUGUGCGGCCUCAUUCUGAAGGGGGACCAGGUGGCCACGCUGCAGUCCCACCAGUCCGUCAUCCAGGCCCUGUCCCGCAAGGGGAUCUACGUCAUGGAGAGCGACGACACCCCCGUCUCCGAGUCGGACCUGGGCUGCGUGCCCAUCAAGAUGAGUGCCCACAUGCCCAUGAUCGAUGCCCUGAUGAUGGCCUACACGGUGGAGAUGAUCAGCAUCGAGAAGGUGGUGGCCAGCGUGAAGCGCUUCUCCACCUUCAGCGCCUCCAAGGAGCUGCCAUUCGACCUGGAGGACGCCAUGGUGUUCUGGGUCAACAAGGUGAACCUGAAGAUGAGGGAGAUCGCUGAGAAGGAGCUCAAGCUGAAACAGCACCUACUGGAGUCUCCCAGCCACCAGAAGCCCGAUUUCAUGCACGCACUGGCCCACUGCAUGCUGGAGCCGGCCGAGUUCUCCCGCGUGGUGCGCUAUCGCAGGGACCACCUCUCCGGCCGACAGCUGCCCUUCUUCCCCCUGCUCGAGGAUCUGAUGAAGGAUGUGUGCGAUGGUGCCGCCCUGCUGGCCGUGGUCCACUACUACUGCCCUGAGCACAUGAAGCUUGAAGAUAUUUGUCUCAAGGAAGUAACCUCGAUAGCCGACAGUCUGUACAACAUCCAGCUCCUGAAAGAGUUUGCCAAUGAGUAUCUUAAUAAGAGCUUUUACCUGACCACUGAAGACAUGCUGUAUGCUCCACUAGUGCUCAAGCACAACGUGAUGGUCUUCAUUGCCGAGCUGUUCUGGUGGUUUGAGAUUGUCAAACCUGAAUUCGUCCAGCCCAGAGACCUCCAAGAAAUCAAGGACGCGAGAGCAGUGCUUCAGUCUAAGAGUGCCCGGCCCCCAGUGCCCAUCUCCAACGCCACCAAGCGCAGCUUCCUGGCCACACCUGGCUCAACCGAGCCAGUGGUAACUGUCCAAAACCCAGAAGUCUGUAACAGGUACUACCUGCACCCUGAAGAGUCUGACCCUCUUAAUAAAGGAAGUCCCUCCCUCGGCCCUUCCCAUCCCUUGCUUCCCCUCAGACAGAGACAGCAGAAAUCCAUGCAAGGAGAGGAGAGCUCCGGCCAGAGAAACCGCUCAAACUCCCUGACACGGGUGGACGGCCAGCCCCAGGGGUCAGUGGUAGCCUGGCCUGAGAGGAAGCAGAGGCCCUUGUCCCAGCCCACGCCCUACGGCCUCCAUUCUGCCACCGACAGCGAUGCUGACCUGGCCUCUGGCGACAGUGUCAGCUUGGCCCGCUCCAUCAGCAAGGACAGCCUGGCCUCCAACGUGGUGAGCAUCACCCCAAAGCACCAGCUGGGGGGCCCAGGGGCCCCUCAGGGCCCCCGCCGGGUCAAUGGCCAGAGCCUUCUGGGACACGUGAACAUGGAGGAUGAGGAAGAGGAGGAGCUGGUGGCCAUGAUCAAGACGAAGGAAGGAGCAGAGAGCAGCCGCCUCCCCGACCAAGACCUGGAGCUCCAGAGCGUCUCCUCCAGAGCCACGACCGCCCGGUCCCCCCAGAGGAGGCCGGAGGAGGCGCCCGCCGAGCCCCGCCCCGAUAGCUUUUACUUAGAACCGCUGAUGCCUGCCGUCUUAAAACCGGCCAAGGAGAAGUCUGUAAACCCCAACAAAGAGGAGGAGUGUGGGGAGGGGAGGCCGAGGGGCCCCUACCGGCGGGUCAGCGAGGCACCCGUACCCUCCAGCAGGAGGAGACCCCCUGCUGCUGACCUGGACCUCAACCGCACCUUCACCCCCAUCGCCAGCGCGGAGUUCCCCGACGCGGCGAGGCCCCCUGUGGAGGGCAGCCUGGGCGGCUUCCGUACCCCGGUCAUGAGCAGCGGUGAGGCCGCCGAGCAGCCCUGCGGCUUCUUCCUGCACAGCUCCAGCCCCGAGGACAAGCCCCCGCUGGCCGGCACCGUCCGGAGCAGCCCCUUCUCGGCCGCCGCCGCGCUGGCCUGGGAGAUCGGCAAGGACUCGGACUCGGAGGUGGCCGACAUGGACGAGGAGGAGGCGGACGAGGAGCUGGCGCGCCCCGUCCGCCGCAAGUGCUUCGAGGAGGAAGAGGAGGAGUCGGCCAAGCUGCGGGAGGACAUGAAGGUGCGGGAGCACGAGGACAAGGAGGGGGCGAGCGGGCGCUCCAGCCCCUGCCUCAGCACCAUCUCCCAGGCCAGCAGCACGGCCAGCGGCAGCGUGCGCAUGACCAGCUUCGCCGAGCGCCGGCUGCACAAGGGCGCCCACGACGCCCGCUCCAGCUCCAGCAGCUCCCAGAAGACCACGCCCGACGGCUCCGAGUGCGGCCCGCUGCCCCUCACCUCCUGGAAGCUGAGGCGGGAGCAGAGCCCCACGGGCAAGGACGGCGCCAACGUGCUGGCCUCCGAGCUGGUGCAGCUGCACAUGCAGCUGGAGGAGAAGCGCCGCGCCAUCGAGUCCCAGAAGAAGAAGAUGGAGUCCCUGUCCGCCCGCCAGAGGCUCAAGCUGGGGAAGGCGGCCUUCCUCAACAUCGUCAAAAAAGGGAAGAGCGACACUCUCCCCCAGCCGCUCAAGCCCGAGUACUACUCCCGAGAGGACCAGAAGCUCAACGGGGGGAAGGAGUUAUCUAAGGACGACUCGUGUGUGGACGGGCUGAGGGGGACAGCCAAAGAGGGGCAGGAGGGAAAGGCCAGUGUGCGGUGGGCCAGGGAGUCCCCGACUUCCCCGGGCUCCCUGGAGGUGGACAACAAGCUGAACGGCGGCCUGUUGCUGGACGACGGAGGGCCGGAACCUGACCUGAACGAGUGCAACCGCUCCAUCGAGAUGCUGAACGAGGCCAUCAGCGCCAUCCAGCAGCAGAUGAUGCAGCUGUCCCAGCAGCAGGACCUGCUCAUGAAGCAGAACAUACAGUCUCCGCCUGGGGCCGCCCCCACGGCCGCAGGCCCCGCCCCCAUUCCCGCCCCUGCCAAUGGGAAGAGCAGCACGCCCGAGCCCAAGAUCCGCCCCGCCGUGCACUUCGUGGAGCCGCUCUCCACGGCAGGGGGCGGGGUGGUGCGGCGGCCCCCCAAGCUGAGCUCUGGGAGGGGGCCCCGGUCCAAACCCACCGACCUCAAGCUGCCCAAGGAGAACGGCAAGCAGGCCUCGCGGGUCAUCACGCCCACCCAGAGCGUGGAGACCCUCCCCCACCUCAGACAGUUCCCUGGGGGCCGGACCUCCAGGGAGGAGCAGGAGGAGGGUAGCAGCCCGGCGGGGACCGGGCCCAAAGAGGCGGCAAGCCCCAUAGAGAGGGGCAACCUGCGGCGCGCCACCUUCCGGCUUCAGGACGAGGCCAACCAGAGGACUCCAGCCACGCCCGAGCGGCCCCCCGAGGAGUGCCUGUCCAGCACCCCGAAGGAAAAGGAGCCAAGCGCCAUGGAGGACCCCGGGAAGGAGGACCUCCCCGGUGAGGAGGUGUCCAGAGGCAAAGGCCACCUAAUCGAGGUGGACCUGUCCGACCUGAAGGACCCAUCUGAAGAGGGCGACUCCGACAUGCAGGACGUGAUCUGUGACGUCACCGACGGGGAACAGAAGUCUGUGCUCGGGUACUUCUUCAAGGACGAGCAGAAGGCCGAGGAUGAGCUGGCGAAGAAGCGGGCCGCCUUCCUCCUGAAGCAGCAGCGCAAGGCGGAGGAGGCGCGACUGCGCAAGCAGCAGAUGGAGGUGGAGACCGAGAUGAAGCGGGACGAGGCCAGGCGGAAGGCGGAAGAGGAUCGGAUCAGGAAGGAGGAGGAGAAAGCUCGGAGAGAGCUGAUCAAGCAGGAGUACCUGAGGCGUAAGCAGCAGGAGAUGAUCGAGGAGCAGGGCCUGACCAAGCCCAAGAGCAAGCCUAAGAAGCCCCGCCCCAAGUCUGUCCAUCGGGGCGAGUCCUCGAGCGACACCUACUCCAAGUGCUCCUCCACCCCUGACAACCUGAGCAGCGCCCAGUCCGGCUCCAGCCUGUCCCUGGCUUCAGCUGCCACCACUGAGGCAGAGAGCGUCCACUCCGGGGGGGCAGGGUCCCAGCAGGCCGAGUCUGUGGAGUCUUUCCCGGGGCUGAGCCGGAAUGCCAGCAGGAACACGGAGAGGGACUGGGACAACGGCUCCACCGCGUCUUCCAUCACCUCCGUGGCAGAAUACAGCGGGCCAAAACUGUUUAAGGAACCAAGCGCCAAAUCUAACAAGCCGAUAAUCCACAAUGCCAUUGCUCAUUGCUGUCUUGCUGGCAAGGUCAAUGAACCACAGAAGAAUUCCAUUCUGGAGGAGCUGGAGAAGUGCGAGUCGAACCACCUGAUGAUCCUGUUCCGGGAUGGCGGCUGCCAGUUCAGAGCUCUCUACUCAUACUUCCCUGACACUGAAGAGAUCCACAAGCUCACCGGCACCGGGCCCAAGAGCAUCAGCAAGAAGAUGAUCGACAAACUCUUCAAGUACAGUUCAGACCGCAAGCAGUUCACCGUCAUCCCGGCCAAAACGGUGUCGGUCAGCGUGGACGCGCUCACCAUUCACAAUCACCUGUGGCAGGUCAAGAGACCCACCGUGCCAAAGAAGAGCAUGAAGUGAGAAUGACCACGAGCAUGAGGAGGAGGAGGGGGGAGUCUCUCACUCUCUCUCUCGCACACACACUCGUGCGCACACGCACACACACACACACACAUUACAAACUUAUAUACACACACACACGCAGUCGCACACACACAAACACCCAUUUGCUGUUGUCCUGGACAGGUUUCAUUAAUUUCCGAAGUACUUACUAGAGUGGUGACACCACUGACACUGGUCGGCCGAUUCUAGGUGUGACUGAAAUGGGACAAGAGUGAGCCACAGUUUGAAGAAUUCUGGGAAAUGACACACAUCUGUGAAAGUGGACAUUGUUAAUGCCGACGAACAGAUGAAGGCGGGAUCUUAAUGCGGUCUGUUUAGGGCCUGUUUUUUUUUUUUUUCUUUUUCUUUUUUCUUUUUGUUUUUAAAAGAGGCCUCUGCAUGUGGUGCUUUUCCUAACCGGUGGAUUUCUUUUUACUUGAAGUAUUUAUUGGUUUGCACCAUUCGCGCUGCUCCUUGCAGCUGAACACCCCCCCCCCCCCAGCCCCCCCAGAAGGACAAACUGAAAUGUGGACGAAUCUUUCCUGAGGAGGGCGCUGUGUCCCCCACGUGGACCAGGACUGUGUCCAGGCCGGUAGUCUCUUCCCGGCACCGCUACAAUCCAAAAGACCUGCAAUGCAGUUCACCCGACACGUCCUGCCAGCUCCUCCCCCGAAAAGCUCCAUGAAAACAUGCUGCUGAGAACUGUUUUUAACUGUUUUACCCGGACGGCCCCGCCCCUUUGUAGGCCUUCAUGCGUCGUGGUACUGUUGUCUAUUUAUUCAGCGCUUUUACCCGCUCCAGCGAGAGAAGUUUUAAUAAUCUUUCUCGGUCGACAUUUUUUUUUUUUUUAAAGGUACGUAAGGGAUUAAAAAAAAAAGGACUGGUACAAGCGCCGGCUGCUUUUUUCUCUUUAGUUUGUGUGGUAUAAUGACUAAAGCAGGUGUUACGUGUGCAUAACAUAAACCGAACGUUGUUAGAGCUAGCGGUGUUUCUGCACUCUGCACAGUCGUCCUCUGAGAAAGUGCACUCAGUCACAUUUUUUAUUUUUAUUUUGCUUUUAUCAUGCAGUGUAACCAUAACCAAUGUUGGCUAUCAAGCUGUCUUCUGUUAUGAGGAGUUUGUCGCUUUCAUUUUUUUUUUUCUUUUUUUUUUUCUUGGUGACAGUAUUUAAUAUAUUCAUAAACGGCUCUGGAUUGUUGUGUAAUUAUUUACAGGGCAUUUUUGGAAUGUGCAAGCACUAAACCCGUAGAAAACUGACUCGUGUAUCCUCAUGAUCAAAAUAAUGACGUGUUGCACAAAGUACCUUGCUUGCUGAUAAAAGUAGGAAUGAGGGUAUGAACAGUGUCACUACAUUGGUUCCAAAUGAACUAUACAGUUUCACCUCUCUGCAAAGGUUGGGCUGUGGGCUCCAGAUACCCUGACUACCAAAAACAAUCACGGAUUAAGAGAACACUAUAAACAGAGCAAGCUAAAGGUCUUCCAUUGCUACUACUGUACGGAUCUCGUGUUUGCAGGCCAGGCUUUAGAAUACUUGAUAAUAUAAUUUGCUGCAUCUUGUAUAUAUGUUUUGAACAGCUGUUUUGUAUAUAACGUAUGAUUUAUGUUCACUAAAAUAUUGGUAUUAAUAUUGAUCUCACUAGGUUGUUUUCAACUUUCAAAUACCAUGCUUUUCAUGCUUGAGCCUUUUUUCCCUUUUUCUUUGAUAUUAUACCAUAUUUAUUUUCAAGAGAAGCACUGAAAUUUAAUAAAUAUUACAAACAAA